CCGCCCUUUGUUGCAAGAAUUCAGGGGUUUUAUUUUUUUUUUCUUCUGAGAUUUAACUUGAAAAUCCUGCUAAGCGGGAGUCUGAAGGCAGGUGCUUCACAGCAAGGAACAAGACAUGAUGGGACCACUCCUCUUGUGCCUCUGGGGGCUCCUUGGGAGGGGAGCAGGGGCAGCUUGGGCUGCAGAUCCCAGGCACCUUGGGGGCUCCCCACAGGGGGACUAUAGCACCAGCCCCUACCCAUACAGGAGCCCCAUGCCUCUGGAGCAGGAGGCUGGGGUCCCUUCUCCCUUGCCUCUGAUUCCUCCCCAGCAGGCUGAAGAUGGACCUAAGGAUCCCUGGAGAAGUAAUUGGUGCCCCUACCAACAGUCCAAGCUGGUCACCUUUGUAGCCUCCUGCAAAACCGAGAAAUUCCUUGUCCAUUCUCAGCAGCCUUGCCCUCCCGGGACUCCUGAUUGUCAGAAGGUCAAAGUCAUGUACCGAGUCUCCUUGAAGCCCGUUUACCAGGUGAAGCAGAAAGUGCACAAGUCUAUGGUCUGGAAGUGCUGUCCCGGGUACAGUGGUGCUGACUGCAAACAUUACGACCCUUCAGGGAUCUCAGAAGUGGACGACCAGAGUAAAAAGAAGCAGGACCCUGGGGAAGAAGCCUUGAAAUAUGAAACAGUCCCUCCUUCCAGCCAGCCCAUGGAGCUCCGGAGAGCAAUUGAACAACAGGAGGAUCUAUUGGAAGACCUUCAGAAUGACAUCCACCAGGCAACCGGCAACCUUCUAGACCUGCAGAAGUCCCUGGAAAGUAACUAUACAGCUGAAGAGAUAGAGGCAAAUCUAACCGAGCUCGGGUCUGCAGAUCCAUCCCUUCAGCAGGCCCUGCCAUCCCAGCUGGAGACCUUCCUGAAAAGUCACUUCAGCCCCGUGUGGAGAAGCUUCAACGAAAGCCUCCUCAAGCUCUCUGAGACGGUGACGAACCUGUCGCGCGCUGUGGAGACCAACCGCCGGGACAUCGAGAGGCUCCGGGAGACCGCUGCGCCCAAGGCCGACCUCCAGGAGCUGGGCACCAAGUUUGAAUCCAAAGUCCAGGAAAACACCGCCAGGGUCCACCAGCUGCGGCAGGACGUGGAGGGCCGGCUGCGUGACCAGCAGCUCGCCCUGACCCACAACCUGUCUGCCGUCAGGGCGGACACCGAUCUGAAGGUGAAGAAACUCCAGAAGGCCCAGGAAGCCCACCUGCUCCUGAGCAACGGCAGUGCGGCAGACUCGAAGGAGGAGCAGGAGGACACCCAGGUGAAACUCCGGCUGCUGCAGAGCAACCUCUCGGAGUUGUGGGGGGCCUCCGGCCGCAGGGAGGAGGAGCUCCUGAGCGCCCUCCGGCAGCUCAACGAGACCCUGGCCAAGCACGAGGAGGACAUCAAGGAGCUCUUCAUAGAUUCCGACGAGAACUUUGAGCUGGGCACCCGGCUGGAGGGGCAGGUGAUGAGCACCGAGAGGAGCGGCAAAACCAUGAUGGAGGAGCUCAGGGUCAUCCUGAUGGAGAAGUCCCUCAUCAUGGAGGAGAUGAAGGAAGACUUUGAGAGGCAGAUCCUCGACCUGAACUACACGCUCCACCACCUGCAGGGGAGCCAUUCGGACCUCAUGAAGUACGUGAAGGACUGCAAUUGCCAGAAACUCUCCUUCGACCUGAGCCUCCUGCGGGAGGACCAGAGGAAUGCCACUCGCUUUCUGGAAGAGACCCACUUGACCCUGGAGGACCAGAAGAUGCUGGAGAGCUCUUCCAUCAAGGCCCUGCGCAAUGCCGCCGAGGACCUCGCCAUGUCUGUGGACGCCCAGAAGGAGGAGCUGGCCCGGGCCAAGGGGAGCGUGGCCCUGCUCAAGGGGCAAGUCCAGGCCCUGGCGGGGGAGGUGGAUGGGCUGAGGCGAGUGGACAGACACGUCUUCCGGGAGAUCCGCUACCUCAACAACUCCUUCAGCUCCCUUCUGGAAGAUGCCCUGAGGCACCAGCUCGUGCUGGUCACCCUGUUUGGGGAGGAGGCGCUGGAGGAGAUGGCCGAGGAGGACGCCAGGCUGUCUUUGACCUACGUUCAGAUGGAAGAUGCCCUGGAGUAUACCUCGAGCAAGCUGAGAGAACAUGCCAGGGACCUGAAGGCCCUCGGGGAGAGAGUGGAAGUACUGGAGAGUGCUGGCCAAGCUGGGCCACAGGACUCCGGGCAGCCCGAGGCAGAAGUCCAGAGCAGGGCGGAACACCCGGAACCCAACCAGGAAGCCUCCGAUGGGGCCGGCCUUCAGGAAAACGACCUGGCCAACCUGAAGAGCGAGAUCACGCUCCUGGGUGUUCAGAUGGAGAAGAUGGAGUCCCAGAUGAGCCACAGCCAAGAGUGCUGCCGUCCUGCUGGGGAACCGCCCCUCGUCCCCUCCGUGGAGAGCCUCCAGAGGGAUGUCAGGGCCGUGAAGCAGGACCUGGGCCAGCAUCUCCAGCUGUUCCAGGGCCUGUUUGGCAACUACGGAGAGUUAGUGGCCACCAACAUCAGUCUGGACCUGGAGAAGCUUUGGACCAUCCUCGACAAAAAGGGAAAGAAGCAACGGAGAGAGGAGGAGUCUCAUCGAAAGAGGGACAAGAAGCAAGUAGAGAAAUGGGGAGAGCAGCCGUUCCCCGAGAACGGGAGGAGCGACCAGGCCCCCAAGCUCCUUGGGGAAGGACCCUCCGUGGCCUUUUACGCCGGAUUUCCCCAAGGGACCCACGGCCUUCGGCGUCCAGUGAAGUUCAAUGUCACCCAACUGAACCUGGGGGACUGCUACGUCCCGGAGCACGGCUACUUCCGCGUGCCGGAGCGCGGGAUCUACCUGAUUGCAGUGAGCGCCGAGUUCGGCCCGGGGCUGGGCGAGGGUCAGCUGGUGCUCGGGGGCCGACUCAGGACGUCGGUCUCCAGCGGCUCCCAGGAGCCCGCGGCCGCCGGAACGACCACCGCGGCCACCUUCGCCGUGGCCGAGCUGCAGAAGGGGGAAAGGGUUUGGUUCGAGCUCACCAAAGGCUCCCUGGCCAGGAAGAAUCCCAGUGGGACCGCGCUGGGCGGCUUCCUGGUGUUCAAGACUUGAACCCAGAGCCCCGCUCUGAUUCCUCUCUCUCCCCAUAGAGGCUCUGAGUGCCGGACCGUUAUCUCGUAGUCCUACUGCGGUAGCCCUACAUGCUCCCUGGAAGCCUCUGGCCAAAGCCCGUCUGGGGCUCAAGCCUGAUGCUCUGGGUAUCCCCGGAUAGCCGGGAGCCUGCAGAGGCCGGCUAGGGUCCACAGAUUCGGCCCUGAGGGUCGGGCAAGUCCCAAACUGGGGUUUGGCUAAAACCUAAAACGAGAUUUAAAGCCCCUCUGUUGGGGGUAGGGCUGCCCUUGACUCCCUCCGGGAGGCUCUCCACCUUUUCUGAGACUGGCAGUUUUUCUAGAACUCUUUAAACCUCUUCCCCUUGGUUUCUUUCCCAUUGUCAUGAGCUGCACCCGUGGGGAGAGACCUCCGCUGUCCAGUAUAAUUUAAUCGUAUUUAUUUAAUAGGGUGCUAAGUAUCCAGGACACAAAGAAAGGGAAAAACAAUGUCUCUGCCCUUAAGGAGGCCAUGUUUUUAAGCUGGAAACAUCAGAGUAAGCUUAGGAAACGACCUGCUCAAGAAAAUGGCAGCUUCUUUUUGUGUUGGCUAAGAAUUGAAAAUCAAUUCUCCAUCAGCUGGGAAGGGUUGGGGGGAUGUGUUUGUAAGGGAGUAUUCCUGUGCUAUGAGAAAUGACAAGAAGGAUGAUUUCAGAAAAACCUGAAAAGACUUCCAUGAACUGAUGCAGACAAAGUGAACAGAACCAGUUGAACAUUAUAUACAGUAACAUCGAUAUUGUUUGAGAAAGAAUUGUGAAGGACUUAGCUGUUCUCAGCAAUACGAUGAUCCAACACAAUCCCAAAGGACUUGUGAUGAAGCAUAUUAUCUGCCUCCAC